AUGCCCAGAUCAUCUAAAUCAGUUAAAAGACACAAGCCCAAGUUUCGUCAAAACUUGAGCAACAGAAAAUUAAAUGCUACUAGGAAAGAAAAGAGAAAGAAGGAAUGCAAAAGUGAAGAAUCUGCUGUUAAAAACGCUUGGGAUGUCAGAAAGACAGUCACAGAAAAUUUGUCUGAUAUGGGUUUAGCUGCUAAUCCAAAUCGAGUGCUACCUAUAAUUCAGCCUAACCGAGCAAUUUAUGAUGCUGUUCCCAUUGAUGGAGUUGUACCAUUUGAUGGAAAGGUAGAAAAAAAAGAAUAUGCUCGAAGAUACAAGAAGAAGAGUCUUCCACAGGCCAAAGAAGUGAUUCCAACUUUGGAAGCCAAAGUCAGAGAAGAAGAAGCAAACAUUGAACUACUGGACAGAGCACAACCACUUCCCCACCGUGAUAUUCAAUUAUGCAUUUACUACCUGGCCAGAUAUGGCAGCGAUGAUUAUAAGGCUAUGUCUCGAGAUCCGAAGAAUCUUUUCCAAUUAACACCUAAGCAAAUUGAAAAAAGAAUAAAAUUGUACAAGGAAUCUCCAUUAUAUAAGGUAAUGGAAACACUCUAG